CAGAUACUUUCUUAAACUUUAUUUUUCAACAGUCCUCAUCAAAAUGAGGUUCUCAUUGUUUUUUUCAUUUGUUAUUGUCUUUGGAAUAUAUAGUUAUAAUUUUUCUGAGGCUAGAGAGCCUGUAUGUUCUAAAUUUGCAUAUGAAGAACAGCUUUUAGAGAAAAUGAUAAGAACUGAAAUUAAGGUAGAAUCAAUGGUGAAUGAAGUUAAGAAAACUGAGGAUAAUGUCAUCCGUACGUUAAGCGACAUUAAACGAGCAGUGUCAGAUUUUACUGACAUGUUUGCAGACAUGAAGGAGAACAUAACCGACGAAAUGUUAAAGAGAAGUGACGAGAUAGAAAGGAGAGAAGAAUCCUUCAAGAUAUUAUUUGAGGAAACAAGAACAAACCUCACGAGUGACAUGAAAGCUAAAAGAGAAGAACUUACUCAACUUCAAGGAAAACCUCCGAUCGCUUUCCAUGUGCAUCACGUCGCAGAUUUGGUUCUUGAUAAAGCAGAUGAGAUUGUUAUAUUUACGAAAAGUUUGAUUAACGAGGGAACAGGCUAUGACACUUCUACUGGAAUAUUUACAGCACCCGUUGGAGGACUGUACCAGUUUUCUGUGCAUUCAUGUGUUCCUCAAAGAGGGCAUGCUUUCAUUGGCCUUGUUUUAGAAGGUAAAGUUAUUGCAGCUGAUGUGAACUAUGAUGAUGUUUUCCACACAUGUAGUGCUUUUGGAGCAAUAGCGAGAGUAAAAUCAGGAGAAAAAGUUUGGGUCAAAUCAACAUCGUCAAGUUCCAGCCGCCAGCUUUACCAAGACCAGUAUAGGAUGAUCACUUUUAGUGGCAUGCUUGUCAAUAACUAAAUAAAUAAAUUAUUCAGCAUUGAUAUCAGUAAAAACCAUAUUUAUAUAUUUGUAUCAGACGACACUCAAAAACAUUUGUUUUUUGCAAAUUGUUUCAAUCACUUAAGACUUAAUAUCACAACAAAUAGAUAGCUUUUUUGUGAUUUAAGAAGAGACCCUAUGUUGUAUCUAUAAUAGUUGUAUUAUAUCUAAAUGUUAUGAAGAAUAUUAAUCAUGUUUGUUCACUGUGCUAUUUCCUAAAAGCCAAAGUAUCUAGCCUUAAUAUUAAACAAUAUUUCUUUCUUUUAGAAAAUAUGUUUAUGUGAAUCAUUUAAUACUGCUGUCAUCAAAUCUAAAUUAUUUUUUUAUCAAAUACGAUAUACAACAACGACGAGAGGAUUUCAAAGAAAUAAUUUAUCAUGUACUUUCAAUUUUUACUAGGCUUACUUUACAUAAUUGGCUUUAUGUUUAUGACUAAAUAUCGUCUGACGAAUAUUUUGAUAACCAAUCUAAGAAAAGAUUAAGUAUUUAGUCAUGUUUAUCAGUAUACAUAUACAACUAUAGUGUUGCGUUUUCAAAUAAAUAUGGCAUGUAUACAUUUGUUCUUUAAUGUAUGUUGUUAUUUUCUUGGCACACAAUAUCAUCAUUUUGAUGAAUACUAUGCGUUAUUACAUGAUGGGUUGCCAAAAGAAUCAAUUUUAUCAACUUAAAUGCUUACUUUGAAACUCUGUGCACUAUCUGAUAAUUAACUGCAAAAUUUUGUUAUGGUAUAUCUGAACUGUAUAUAUUAUAUUCCAUUUUGUUAUGUACUUCGGGAGAUAAAAAGGAGGCGUAUGUGUGUCUGUUUAAUGUUGCAAUGAAAGAUAAGUUUAAAUAAAAACUCAAAGGUAAUUAGCAAAUUUUAAAGCGAAGAAAAAACUUAUGCUACAAAAUUAUAAUGAAGUUUAUGUAAUUAUCUUUGAAAUUAUUGUUUAGCAAUUCAUACUCUUUUGUUUAUAUACAAAAUUAAUAAUCAAAAACCAAUGGCGCUUUUGCAACUCCUUGAGAAUGGUUUUUCACGGUCCUUCAUUAAUUUUGAAGUGACGUCAUUCAUGUUAUACAGACAAAGCUUAAAGCUGUGCUUAAUGUUAGUUUUGUACCUUAAGAUUAUCAAUGAUUUGAAUUUUCUUUUUUUCUGUUUGUAACAAAAAGAAUAUCAUGAUCAUGUAGCUUUAUUAGUUAAUUUAUUGAACUCAUAAAAUAAUGAUAUUAUCCUCGCCAGAGACUCACUUGAACUCGGUAUUGAAUAUACACUCGUUCAAUAUCCUCUAUAUAUCUCUGU